GCGGGGCGGGGGGUCUGUCCCGGCAAAGAGCGACGCUGAGGUGGUGGCCGCGGCUCUUGAAAAGCAGUGAGCGACUGUACUGCGGACAAUAGGCCGGGAGCCCUGGGAACUUACAAACGUCCUGAGGCGGUGUCGGGACAGGCUUCGUUUGAUGCCAUGGCCGAGCCCCUGAAGGAGGAAGACGGCGAGGACGGCUCCGGGGAGCCUCCGGGGCAAGUGAAGGCAGAGCCCGCCAAUCCCACAGCCUCGGUGGCGGCUAAGAACCUAGCUCUGCUCAAAGCCCGCUCCUUCGAUGUGACCUUUGACGUGGGCGAGGAGUACGAAAUCAUCGAGACCAUAGGCAAUGGGGCCUACGGGGUGGUGUCCUCUGCUCGCCGCCGCCUCACGGGCCAGCAGGUGGCCAUCAAGAAGAUCCCUAAUGCUUUUGAUGUGGUGACCAAUGCCAAGCGAACGCUGAGGGAGCUGAAGAUCCUUAAACACUUUAAGCAUGACAACAUCAUCGCCAUCAAGGACAUCCUGAGGCCCAUGGUGCCCUAUGGCGAGUUCAAAUCUGUCUAUGUGGUCUUGGACCUGAUGGAGAGUGACCUGCACCAGAUCAUCCACUCUUCACAGCCACUAACGCUGGAGCAUGUGCGCUACUUCCUGUACCAGCUGCUUCGAGGCCUCAAGUAUAUGCACUCGGCUCAGGUCAUCCACCGUGACCUCAAGCCCUCAAAUUUGUUAGUGAAUGAGAACUGUGAGCUCAAGAUUGGGGACUUUGGCAUGGCCCGUGGCCUGUGCACCUCGCCCGCCGAACACCAGUACUUCAUGACUGAGUAUGUGGCCACGCGCUGGUACCGGGCCCCUGAGCUCAUGCUUUCACUGCAUGAGUACACACAGGCUAUUGACUUGUGGUCUGUGGGCUGCAUCUUUGGGGAGAUGCUGGCCCGGCGCCAGCUUUUUCCAGGCAAAAACUAUGUGCACCAGCUGCAGCUGAUCAUGAUGGUGCUGGGUACCCCGUCACCAGCUGUGAUUCAAGCUGUGGGGGCUGAGAGGGUGCGGGCUUAUAUUCAGAGCCUGCCACCGCGCCAGCCCGUGCCCUGGGAGACGGUGUACCCAGGCGCUGACCGACAGGCGCUCUCGCUGCUGGGCCGCAUGCUACGUUUCGAGCCUGGCGCCCGCAUCUCAGCAGCUGCUGCCCUGCGCCACCCCUUCCUGGCCAAGUACCAUGACCCUGAUGAUGAGCCUGACUGUGCUCCACCUUUUGACUUUGCCUUUGACCGUGAAGCCCUCACCCGGGAGCGUAUUAAGGAGGCAAUCGUGGCUGAGAUUGAGGACUUCCAUGCCCGACGUGAGGGCAUCCGCCAGCAGAUCCGCUUCCAGCCUUCCCUACACCCUGUGGCCAGUGAGCCUGGCUGUCCCGACAUUGAGAUGCCCAGUCCCUGGGCACCUGGUGGGGACUGUGCCAUGGAGUCGCCCCCGCCAGCCCCACCACCGUGCCCCGGCCCUGCACCUGACACCAUUGAUCUGACUGCCCAGCCACCUCUGCCUGCCAGCGAGCUGGCCCCUCCAAAGAGAGAAGGUGCCAUCUCAGACAACACCAAGGCGGCCCUCAAAGCCGCUCUCCUGAAGUCCUUACGGAACCGGCUCAAAGAUGGCCCCAGUGCUCCUCUGGAGGCCCCUGAGCCUCGAAAGCCAGUGACGGCCCAGGAACGUCAGCGAGAGCGGGAGGAGAAGCGGCGGCGGCGGCAGGAACGGGCCAAGGAGCGGGAGAAGCGGCGGCAGGAGAGGGAGCGAAAGGAGCGAGGAGCUGGGGCCACUGGGGCCCCCUCCAGUGACCCUCUGGCCGGGCUGGUGCUCAGUGACAAUGACCGCAGCCUGCUGGAGCGUUGGACUCGCAUGGCUCAGCCCUCAGCACCAGCGCCACCCCCAGCCCAGCCCGCCAGUCCUCCCCCUGGCCCUGUAGCCCAGCAAACUGGUCCCCCACCUCAACCUGUAGGCUCAACCCCUGGUCCUUCAGCCCAGCCUGUCUGCCCACCCCCUGAGCCUGCUACUCACCCCGCUGGCCCUCCUGGGCCCAUCCCUGUCCCUGCUCCUCUCCAGUCCAACAUGUCCAGCCUCUUGGCCCCCCAACCGCUUGUGUCACCCCCUGGGCUGCCUGGCCCCAGUGCCCUGGGAGUCCUGCCUUACUUCCCAUCUGGCCCACCCCCUGCAGACCCUGGGGGAGCCCCUCACCUCUCCACCUCAGAGUCACCUGACGUUAACCUGGUGACCCAGCAGCUGUCCAAGUCGCAGGUGGAGGACCCCCUGCCCCCUGUGUUCUCAGGCACUCCAAAGGGCAGCGGGGCUGGGUAUGGUGUCGGCUUUGACCUGGAGGAGUUCUUGAACCAAUCUUUUGACAUGGGCAUGGCUGACGGGCCACAGGAUGGCCAGGCGGACUCGGCCUCCUUGUCAGCCUCCCUGCUUGCUGACUGGUUGGAGGGUCAUGGCAUGAACCCUGCUGACAUUGAGUCACUGCAGCGUGAGAUCCAGAUGGACUCCCCGAUGCUGCUGGCUGACCUGCCUGACCUUCAGGAGCCCUGAGGCCCCAGCCUGUGCCUUGUCACCAGGGGAUAGACCCAGCUCUGGGCCCAUCAGAGCAUUCAGGAGGGCUGGAGCCCUGGGCCAGCAGGUGAGGCUCCACCUGGAUUCUGCAGGUUCAUCUCAGACUCACACGCAGCCUUAAGCAGCCACUGAGCCACCACCGAGCCAUGGCAGGAUGGGAAACUCCUGCUGCCCCGAAUGAUCUUUUCAGUAUUUUAUUAUUGUUUUUAUUUUUAUGCUAUUUUUUUGUCAUUGAAACGAGACCUGUCAAAUAUAAGGAUUCCUUCAACACCUGACUGUAGAUGUCAUUUUUGUAGUUGGGGGCAGGACGUAGUAAGAGGUCAGUAGGAGAGCAAGGAGGAGUCAGGUCUCUAAGCAAACGCAUUUGAGAGCACAACAGCCAAAGCCAGUUCAUU